UGAUGAGUUAAUGAGUAAAGUGAAGAUGUUAGUUUUAAUCGCCCCGCGAGCUAGUCCGGAUAAUAGUUCGCCCCAACCCUUUUUGCCUCCCCAGCCUAGAAUAGUUAGCCCUGACCCGUAUGUUUUACCUACCCAGUAUGAACCGGAAGCACCGGAAACGGUUAGUUGUCCAGCCUUUAUUCCCGAAAGCGAACUUAGCGAAGAAGAAAAAAACCAAAGAAAAGCCCAAGAACAAGCCGAUUAUGAGGAAUUAGUUAAUCCUGAACUCAUGACUACUUGGAACUAUUUGCUUGAUUUGUUGCCGGAAAAUUGA